AUGGAGAGAACUAAGACUUGUUGCGGACACAGUGUUGGGUGGCGCUUACUGGCUCCUACUUGCACUAUAAGGUACGAGAAGGAUAUCUUCUAUGAUAGUUUAGAGCCACUAGUAUCACCUAAUACUAGCAAACCGAUACUACCAUCGAAAGGUCCGAUACUACCAUCGAAAGAUAACAGAAAUCGCACUGCAAAACUCCUUAUACUCCACAUGGUCAUUCCAAUUGCGGUUUUUAUGCUCUUCUGUCUUAUCUGGUCAGCUCAACCCAAGGAAAGACGAAAUCAAGGGGAACAGCUUACCAAUUUAAUUCAAGUAAAUAACUUGAAAAGUUCAAGUAGGUCGUACUUUAAGGAUCAAGGAAUGAUUGCACUCGAAGACAACAAAGGAGAAAUACAGUGCUUUAGUUUGAGCACGAUUAAGGUUGCUACCAACAGUUUUUCUGAUGACACUAAGCUAGGUGAAGGUGGCUUUGGGCCCGUUUUCAAGGGGAAGUUAAAUAAUGGAAAGGAAAUAGCAGUUAAAAGGCUUUCAUUCAAAUCAAGACAAGGCAUUGAAGAAUUCAAGAAUGAAGUGACGUUGAUUGCAAAACUUCAACACAAAAAUCUUGUUAGGCUCUUGGGAUGCUGCCUUGAUAGAAACGAAAAGCUUCUUGUCUAUGAGUACAUGGCCAACACCGGUCUCGAUGCUUUUCUGUUUGAUCAAAACAAACGUGGAAAGCUGGACUGGCCUAAGCGGGAAAAAAUUAUAAAUGGAAUUGCAAGAGGUCUUUCAUAUCUACACGAGGAUUCCAGGCUGAAAAUUAUUCAUAGAGAUUUGAAAGCUAGCAAUGUAUUGUUAGACCAAGACAUGAAUCCCAAGAUAUCAGAUUUUGGGACUGCUAGAAUAUUUUAUAGCGAUCAAAUUGAAGCAAGCACCGAAAGGGUUGUUGGUACAUAUGGUUAUAUGGCACCAGAAUAUGCUUUGGAAGGGUCAUUUUCGGUCAAAUCUGAUGUUUACAGCUUUGGGCGUUUACCCCUUCGUGAGAUUUAA